AUGAAGUUCGGCUUAUUAUUCAAUCGUCGUACACGACAAUCUUAUCGAUUAGACGGUUGUCGUCUUUCCAAACGCAAGCCAUUAGCUAUAACACAAUUCUCUUCACAAAUCAAUCGAAAUCAGCUACCAUCUGGCGUCGAUUUACGACCAAUGUUAAGUCCAAUUGAGCAACAACGAGCAAUCGGUUCAUGCGUUGGAAAUGCAUUAGCAGCUAUAUACGAGUAUUUUUACUUACGAACUCAUAAUCACCUUAAAGACUUUAGUCGAUUGUUUAUCUACUAUAAUGCACGACGUUUAGAAGAUGAACUUUCUAGUCCAGACACGUUUCGUCAUGCAACAGAAUCUGAUUCAGGUGCCGAUAUUCAAUAUGGCAUCGCCGGUCUCAUUCAGUAUGGAUGUUGUGAUGAACAGUUGUGGCCAUACGAAACUAUUUUAGUCAAUAAAAAACCAUCUGACCAAGCAUAUCAACAUGCCAAACGAUAUCUUGUACAAGAGUAUUCAAAAUUAUCAAACGAUAUUAUCGAUUUAAAAGAAUGUCUAGCUGGAGGUUAUCCAUUUGUAAUGGCAAUUAAAAUAUUUAGCUCUUUUGCUGCCGAUCAUCAUGGUUUUGUCCCAAUGCCAAAAGCAAAUGAGAAAAUGUCCAUUUAUCGUCAUGCUGUUGUUUGUGUUGGUUAUAUUGAUGAACAAAAAGUAUUUAUAAUUCGAAAUUCACAUGGAAAACAAUGGGGCGCUGAUGGGUACGGUUUCUUACCGUAUGAAUAUGUUACUGAUAAAGAAUUGACAAAAGAAUUAUGGACAGUUAAAUCUAUAACAAAUAUGAUUCGUCUAGAUGUUCAUCAGGCACGAGCGGCAUGGAUACACUCACCAUUUCGGUCAAUAUCGCGUGCAGCAUCACAACAACGAAUGGCAGCAGAACCAAUAGAUGAUAAACAAGAUUGGGAUAUUGUGUACACUACACAAAAUGGACCAGAAAUGAAUAAUAAUGAUGAUGAUUUCAAUUAUGAUCCUGCCAGAACACCACGAAGACACUCAGCUGACUUAUUUGGGCAAUUAAACUCAAGAGGCGAGCGUCAACAGUCGCCUCAUCAUUAUCACAACCUUUUACACAAUCAUAACGUUCGACAAUCGUCUCCAAGUCCCACACGAGACAAUCGACACCAUUCUCAUGGAAGUGAUAUCAAUUUGCAUCAUCUCCAUAGACAUCCCUCGAGAGACGAACACCAUCAACGACGCCAUUCACGCGAAAGUCCAUUUCUUGCUGAACAACAACGUUCAUUUCUUCUUCCUUCGAUGUAUGGUCCGUCGUUUGGCUUUCAACCUGGACCUAACUUCGGAGCAAUGGGAAAUAUGGUACCACCGUUUCAAAUGGGUGCACCAGCAUUUCCAAACCCAAUGAUGAAUUUCCCUUUUGCGAACAAUCCAUUUGUUGGAAAUCAACCGUUUAACGAUGGUUUCAAUAACCCCUUUAUGCCGCCUUUUUAUCCUCCAUUUUAA